UAGCGCCGGUCCCCGCCCCGUCCCCGCCCUGUCAGUCCUGCGGCGUUCGGCGGCCGGGCCUGCUCCGCGCCGGAUAAGACACCAGAAGAAUGUUAAAGGACGAGGCUACCUGAGGAAGAUGAAAUUCGGCUGCCUUUCUUUCCGGCAACCCUACGCGGGGUUGAUCUUAAACCGAGUCAAAACCGUAGAAACUCGUUGGCGCCCUUUCCUCGUAGAGCACAAGAACCACACCGUUGCCGUUCACGUAGCUCACAGAGACUGGGAAGACGAAGCCUGGAAAGAUAUUCUGGAGAAUAGACUUGGGAUGGCACCCAUUCAAGUACAGGCAUUAUUGCAAGAAGGGGAAAAAUUUGGCAGAGGUGUUAUUGCGGGGCUUGUUGACAUUGAGGAGACAUCAAAGUGUCCAGAAGAUCUAUCUCCUGAAGAGAUGGUGGAACUUGAAAAUAAAGCUGUAUUGACCAACCUGGACCAAAAGUACUUGACUACUGUUUCAAAUCCUAGAUGGUUAUUGGAACCAAUUCCCGCUAAAGGGGGAAAAGAUAUAUUUCAGGUAGAUAUCCCCAAAGAACUGAUCCCUUUGGAGAAGUAAAUAAAGUUGUGCCUUGGAGAAAACCUUGGUUACUGUUCCAGAUGACUUUCACUUAUUCUCUUUAUACAUAAGUAAAAAAAUAAUAAUUUUGGUGUCUGUGAAGCCCUUGUUUUAUGUCGUGCGCUGUACUAUCACUGGGGUAGAUUUAGGAUAAUCAGUUCCCACAUGGAGCCCACAGAGUAAGCAGGAGGGAGAACAGGUAUUGAUCCCCCAUUUUGCAGAUGAGGGAACUGAGGCACAGAGCAGUUAAGUAACUUUUCCAAGUUCACACAGCAGCUCAGUGGUGCAGCCAGUCUUAGAAGCCAAGGCCUCAGACUCCCAGGCCCAGGCUCUUUCCACUAAGCCUCGCCGCUUCCCAUAAAUAAUUCUCAAAAUUGUUAUUGAUUUCAGUUCACUGAACAUACUAUGUUAGAGUUGUUGCUGAAAGCCUAAGCAGUCUUGAAUUCUAUACUUUUUUUUAAAAACUAGCAGUCAAUGAAGGGAAUGACUAUUUUAGGUUACUGAAAAAAAUAUCCAGAAUAGUUCAUUCUAUUCCAACUGAAAAUUGUUAGUAAAUGUAUUUUGCUAUUCAAAAAACUGAAAAUUGUUCAUAAAUGUAAUUUGCAAGAUUCUUUUGGUAUUAAUGUUAUCGCUCAUUUGGAUUGUGUUUUUCCCAGAAUGUAAUAAAAUAAUUGUCUAAAACAG